ACUCAUUAGUUGGAUAGGUUAUUCCCCUUCUAGUUACUAUAAAUUCUAUGUUGUUUUAUGCAAUUCUAUGGCAAUUCUAUGGCAUAGAUCAUCAAAUACAAUUGAGAGCGUAAGGCGAGAUUUCUCGUUGAAACAGAUUAGAAAAGGUAUACAUAUAGUAGAUACACAGUGAACAUAUUGAGUCAAGUAAGAUUAAGAUUAUUCAAUUGAAAAAACAACUAAGGAAUUGACAAUCAAUCGUUGAGAACGGAAUUGAUAUCGAGACCAUAAGAGGCAGACAGUGGAUUCGAGAGUUGAAAAAUAAGAAAAUAGAUAUAAUACAAUAUUCUCUCAUAACUAAAGGAUAACUCGAACGAACGUGCUUUUGAUACUGCAAACUGGUACACACUAAUGUUAAUUUAGCACAAGAAGAAGCAGAUAAAAUGGAGAAACGAACGACAAGGAAACGUUCGACUGUUGGUAGAAUUGGUAUGACCAAGCGGCACCUUUGCGACAAAUGCUCUAAGACCUUCAUGCACAAGGCCAACCUGAUACGCCACAAAUACGAAUGCGGCGUAUCUCCGCAAUUUAUUUGCACAAUCUGCGGACAUAGUUAUACGCAGAAAAUUUAUUUACUGCGUCACAUUGACUCUGUCCACAGUAUUUUUCCUCUCGCGAAAAUCGCGUCACAUCAUCCAUAAAUUACAUCUCGAAAGCAUCUUUUGCAAGAAACUUUGAAUCGUUUCUGAAGAUGAACAAACAACCCUGAAGAUUUGCCAUCUGGUAAUAAAUAGACUUUGCUAUAAUGAUAUAAAUUAUUUUAUGUAUAGAGCGAGUCCAUUAAUUGUAAGAAAACAUGAUCAUCUGGAAGAUAUAUCUUGUUAAAUGGCGGACUGAUUAAAAUCUAAAAUUAGAAUCUAAGAAUUUUGAAGGAAAUUACACAUAUUAUUCAAAAAUAUAUAUUCAAAAAUAUUAUUUCAAAAAUAUGUACGAGAUUUUGAAAAUAAAUAAUAAUUUGUAUUAUUAUUGAUCAUAUUUUACAAUAAUUGUGAUGUGAAAAUAUAAGUAUUACAUUGA